GAGGCUUCGUCGCCAAAGGAAAGAGCCAAUCGCCGUCUUGGCCGCGGCCAAAGAAAGGGUGCAGCGGCGCCGCGGUUGCGUUGUCUGUCGCAGUCGCCACAUUUCUUGGUCAGCGCUCCCGCACUGCAGCGAGAGCCCGUUCAUCGCCAUCGCAUCCCCGUCUCCGCGGCCCUGACUACAUAUGCCGCCCGUUGCCUCCGAGUCUUGGGUCGCUCCUGCAGGCUUCCGCCGGCUCACGGCAGCUUCCCUCCCAUUCUCCUCGCCCGCCGAAUCCGCUUCCUCACGCACCUGCCUCCAAGUACUCCCUCACACAUCAUCAGUACUUUGUUCUUUCCAUCCACCCUUCCGACUCCUGCUCUCCACAGGUGCUCCCUUAUCCUGCAUCCACCAGGAUUCCACAUCUCUCGCCAAAGUCCCUCUUUCCGCUGCCCUUGCGUGGUCAGCAAUGGCCCCGCCAGCUCUUCUCCAGCCACAACCAACCACUGUCAUGGCCGGCUUUACCACAGAUGCUAAUGAAUCCGACGUCGCUGGACAGCAUGAAACAACGAUCGUUGAACAGCCCCCUCCUGAUCUUUGGCCCGAUGCUGUUGACUCGUCUGCUGUCGACAGUGCCUCCCUGGAUCCGACGGACCUUGCAACAUCGUCCCCCACCGCAGUGCCGACUACCAACGCUGCAUCAGCAGUAGUGGUAGCUGCAGCAUCCCCUGGAUCUGACAGCGGUACCCCUGCUCCAGGACGCAUCUCGAAUACCCCUGUCGCGUCGUCUGGGGUCUCAGCAUCGCCGAGCGUCAUUGCUAUCCCACGGCCAUCGGGGCUCCCGGGCACGGCUUCUCCUUCACUCGGCCUCACAGUGAGCACCCUGCCGUCUCCGUCAUCCUUGGCCCCGGCUUCACCAACUGCAAGCAGCAUUCCAAUGUACAUCGCCGUGGCUGUUGGCGUGCUCGUUGCCUUGCCCAUCCUGGUGUGCAUGGUGGUGGGAUGUCGGUCUCGGUCAGCCCGUCGCCGGAUCCAGUCGCCGGGACUCCCACAGGGUGCUCCCGGCACCCGCCCAUCGUCGUCCAUGUGGUCCUCCAAGCAUGUCAGCGAUGAGAUCAAGCACUUUGCCAACCGCAUUUACGAGCGGUCGCCCAAGCUCUCCAUGAUCGCAAGCCUGACCCACAACAAGGACGACCGCACGACCAUCGGCCUCGGCGACAUGCAGCCCUCGCCCAUCCGGGCCAACUACUCCUACGACGCUUACACCGAGGAGGAGGUUGGGUGGCAAGUCAAGCGACUCAACUCCUCCACCCUCUACGACAGCAACACCAUCACCAAGGCCCAGGCCGCCUUCCAGGUCGAGAGCGCCCGGGUUAUGCGGCACCAGAACUCGCAGAGCAUCAGUCGGUCCGAGGGCAGUCGCUCCGACGACAACAGAGCGCCCAGCCGCAGUUCUAACCAUCCGUCCGCAAGCCGCGACCGUCAUCAGGAAUCUGUCCCGCGCGUCUCAACCGAUCGCCAGUCGUCGCUGCGCUUCUCCAUCGAUACGGAGCAGCAGCGGCCCAUUAUCCCGUGAUCGUCCUCGCUACUCUGCGAGUCCAGUCUACUUCUAUGGCCCCAGUUCUCGUCCCUGGCUUGUCUUGGUCCUGUCCGGCUCGACAAUGCUCGGCCACGUUUGGGACAGGCCUCGCUGUUGUCGUUGC